AUGCCUGCCAACAGACCCAAGUUGGCUCAACUGGCCACGCCUGUUACCAGCACGUUUCCUUCCGAGACCAUCUUCUCGGCCUCAACUCCGCUCUCGGCCAGGCCCAUGUCCUGCCGGGACCUUCCCAUCAAGACGCCCAUCAGCCCGCCCACGGCCUACACGGAUUUCCUGAAGCACAUGUCCCUCAACUCCCCAGCCGCAUUCAAGCCUUCGACCUCGGGGGAAACCACGCCUGAGUCCACGCCCGAGUCCACGCCAGACUCACUGCCCUCGACGGCAACCAGCGAGCAGACAGACGUUUCCUGCAAGUGUGAACAUGAGCACGAGCACAAGGCCCCGGCCACCGCGCCGGCUAUCCCACCAAGCCCCUUCACACAACUGCCAAUGUCGGCGCCUCCCACCGGCGCAAACUCUUUCCCGAGCCUCAAAAUCCCGCCCUCGCCGGCGGUAUCCCAUGUGGACUCGCCCAUGAGCGCGCGGUCACCCUUCAGCGCCAGAUCCUUCCACUCGGUGUUCGACUGGGACGCGGCCCUCAAGGCCAAGAGGCUGAAUGACGCCAAGAAGCCAUCGAGGACGAGCGUACGUCACAUCCGCGAGGUCGUCACGCGGACGGUGACUUACACGCCGAGGAUGAACCCCGCGCCAAAGGGCAAGAGGAGGAAGGUGGAAUGA